AACAUUUGUAUUUUGUCCAAUAACGAAUUGACUGACGUCACUUUUAAACGAUCAGCUGAUCGUCCGCCAUUGCCUCUAAUAAUCCCUCAUCCCUCUCAUCUUUCGAUGAACAUUGACUGGAAAUGGGAUUUAGUUACGAUAAGAGAUGUAACAAAAUAAUAACGCAUCACAUUUGGCAAUGAUGAUGCAGUGACAUGGAACAAGUUCAUUAGCAUUAGAUCAACAGUUUGCAAGUCAUAGUUAUUUGAUGGUACAGAAAUGAAAACUUAAAUAAAAAUAAUUGUUUCAAUGAGGUGUUGUAAUAUUUGUAUUUUUAUGGUUGGAGAGAGAUCUCAUGGCAGAUGAUUCAAAACAGCAUGAACCUGUUCAGUUGGAACCUUUCAUCCAUCAGGUGGGAGGUUGUUCAUCAAUGCUACAGCUUGAUGAUUCAACCAUUUGUAAACCACUUGUCCCUCAAGAACUCAACUUUUAUGGUACACUUCCUGAUAUUUUGAAGCCUUUUACACCAGAAUAUCGAGGAGUUAUAGAGGUCAACUUUAUCGAGGACCAAGAUGGUUAUCUGACAUUAACUGCCUAUCCACCAGAAAGCUGUAGCCUCCACUGCCACAAACGUUUUGAUAAUAUUGGACGAAAGAGAAAAGGAGAUCGAAAAGCUAAACGAAGAAUUCGUUUGCGUCAGUCAGGAGAUAUUGAAAUAGAAAGUUCACCAGAAGAAGAUGACGAAAGACAAGUGUUUGAAGAAGGGGAUCAAGCUAAAGUACGUCGUGGUAGCCCUCAUAAUCCUUGGGUAUUACGAUGCCAUCAAGAACAAUUGGCUAAAUUACGUGCUGUUCCAUCCUCAUCUACUGUUCACAUUCAAAAAUUUAUUUUAUUGGAAAAUUUAACAUGCAAAUAUCAAUAUCCAUGUGUUCUUGACUUGAAAAUGGGCACCAGACAACAUGGUGAUGAUGCUAGUUUUACCAAGAAACAGAGUCAGCAAGCCAAAGUGGCUGCUACUACCUCAGGAGUGUUAGGUGUCCGAAUCUGUGGAAUGCAGGUAUAUCAACUCACUUCUGGUCAUUUCAUAUGUCACAAUAAAUAUUAUGGUAGGAGAUUAACAGUGGAUGGUUUCAGGCAGGCAUUGCAUCUGUUCUUACACAAUGGAUGUAGGCCUAGAGAUGAUGUCCUUCUUCCACUAAUAGAUCGUCUUCAUCAGCUGUACACUGUGGUACAACACCUCAAUACGUACCGUUUCUACAGCAGUUCACUCCUUAUUAUAUAUGAUGGAAAAAUAGAAUCAGACAAAGUUGACACAUGCUUUUUACAGAGCAAAACUGCCAAAUCAGGUGUCGCUACUCCAUCAAAUUACCACAUGCUUCCUGUGCAUAACGAAUGUAGUGGUCAUCAGCCAUUAUCUUCUGAUAACGUUCAGGAAAGUAAAUCCAAUAUGCAUGCCGAUCAGUCUGAAGUUCCGUCUGCAUCCGUAGACGUUCGGAUGAUAGAUUUUGCCCAUUCUACUCACCUGAAUUUACCUGGAGAUCAAAAACUACAUACUGGUCCCGAUGAUGGUUAUCUUUUUGGUCUAGAAAAUCUGAUAGCCCAGUUAAAAACUAUUAAACAAGAAUAUGGUUUAUAAAUUGUAAACCACAAAGUUAAAUAUGGAGAAGAUGUCAGACUUUUAAAUAUUUCAAUUUCAUCUACUACUUUUAACAAAGUAAUAUAGUUUGAAAAUAUGCAACCACAGUAAGGAUUCUAUACUUCCAUCAGAAGUAGACUUUUUAAUAGUUUUCGAGUCUAAUUUUAGACACUUGGAUUUAUCAUACAUAAAAUUAUUAUUAAAAGAAAAAUAUUGAAAAUAGGGACCAUGAGGAAUAUAUUUCAAGUGUUUUCAAAUAUUCACAAGUCUUGCAUUCUAUAUCCCUAUGGUAAUUACCAAGUGCACAUUGGUGAUGACCGAAUUCAUUAUUGUAUGAAAUCUUAAAAUUGCUAUUAAUAAUUUUUGCUUGUUGUAUCUUAGAACAUGGGUCUGUAUUUGACCUAAACUUGUUCUGUUGUGUUGGUUUUAAAAAAAAUAUAUAUAUAUUGAUUAGAUGAGAUUUAUUAUACUAAAUAACUGGUGUUUUCUAACCUACAGUAUUAUUCACUGGUAUUUUAAAGAAACAGAUCAUCGCAUUGCAUUUUCUUUAUUUAUUACUAAGUGUUAAGUUAACACAAGAAAUUGUGAUCUCAUCUAGUCAUUGUUAUUUGUGUAAUAUUUAAAAUGGUUUAUUUAUAGUCAAUCAAGUUAAUGUAAGAAUUUAGAAUGUGUCUACUCACGCAUUAUUAUGGCAGAUGCAGUCACCAUGCUAAACAAAUGUGAUGUAUUAUUUAUUGUUAUCUGUGAACAUUUCACAGUUUAAAGAUAGAAAUGAUUGAAUGUGUAAAUUUAAAAGGCAGAAGCAGUUUGUAUCAAACUGGUCGUGGUAAAAUAUUCGAUUUAAAAAUUGUACGAGAUCUGAAAGUGCCUGGAAUGCAUCUAACUUACUUAGUACUAGUUUAUUGUAAUCUAUAACUUUAGCUAGGCCCACUCUACUACUUAUAUUCUGUAUGUCUAAAUUGUACUGUUUAAUUCUGAAAGAUCUCAACAUUCGUAGAUGACAAUUAGUUCAAAAAAAACUUUGCACAUUCAGAAAAUUCACAUAGAAAUAUUUGAUGACAAUAAAACAACCAAACUCUUUUUUAAUAUUUUUAAACAAUCUCUAAUAAAAAUAUUCUUCAAUUGUAAUAUUUAAAUAUAAAAAAAACCUGUAGACAUUGUCACUUCCAUGAUAUUUUGAGAUAACAUUUUCUUAAGACUUGUGCAUUUACAAAACAAACUUUUUAAAAAGUGUUCUUGUUUAAUUAUAGAAAAUUGUAUUUUAAAACAUUACCAAUGUAAGUGAAAUUUUCAAAAUAUUUGAAAAAACAAUGUGUCAAAAAUAUGGGUAAAUCAACCUUUCUCUCUCUCUCUCUCUCUCUUUUUUUUUCCUUCGCAUAUAUACAUUAUU